UUAAUUGGAGUUUAUAAAUUAAACUAUCUGUCUGUGCAGGUUUACGUUGACUAAUAAAAUGGCGCUUUUGAAAAUUUGCAUAUUUGCGCUGGCUUUGGCUGUGGGCAUCCAAACAACGAUCGCACAGCAAGCCAAGUACCGUGGACAAUUCCGCAUUGGUGCGGGUCAUCCGCCAUCGCAGCGACACUUUCCACCACGCGAUCGCGACCCCGUGGGGGAGGCGGCUGUGGUGCCCAAGCGCAAGCAGGAGGCGGUCGAGUACGAGCCGAGCGAGGAGUGCCCGGAGGCGAAUGGCUUCUAUCCGGACAGCAAGCAGUGUGACAAAUACUACGCCUGUCUCGAUGGGGUGCCCACGGAGCGGCUCUGUGCCGAUGGCAUGGUCUUCAAUGACUACACGCCCAUCGAGGAGAAGUGCGACCUGCCCUACAACAUUGAUUGCAGCAAGCGGUCCAAGCUACAAACGCCCCAAUCCUCUCAGCACUGCCCUCGCAAGAACGGAUACUUUGGCCACGAGAAGCCCGGCAUUUGUGACAAGUUUUACUUCUGCGUCGAUGGCAAGUUCAACAUGAUUACCUGCCCGCAGGGGCUGGUCUUCAAUCCCAAGACCGGCAUCUGCACGUGGCCCGAUGAAGUGGGCGUCACCGGCUGCAAGUCGGAGGAUAUCUUUGAGUUUACGUGUCCCAAGGUGAACGAGAGCGUUGCCGUAACCCAUCCCCGCUAUGCCGACCCCGAUGACUGCCAGUUCUUCUAUGUGUGCGUCAAUGGAGACCUGCCACGGCGCAAUGGCUGCAAGCUCGGCCAGGUCUUCGAUGAGGAUUCCAAGAACUGUGACUGGGCGCGCAAGGUGCCCGAUUGCGCUGACUGGUACAAGGAUCGCCUAACGGAUGCCGAGCUCGAUGAGCUGGAGAACCCGAAACCCAAGUCCACAACCACCAAGAGGCCGCCACGCGUACGCGGCCCCUCCAGGCGCAAGCCCACGCCCAAGGUGGAGCAGGAGGAGGAGGUCUAAGCAUCGACUGUUUAGUAUUUAGUGUUCGAAACGGAACUGCAAAUUAAAAGCUUGUAGGAGUUAUAAUUAA